CGCCUCCUGGAGCGAGAGGACGCGGCGCGAUGGUGGCGCUGAAGCGGGGGCUGCCGCGGCUGGUGGCUUCGCUGCGGCCGCUCAGUUUAUCAGCAGCUGGAACAUUUCCCAAGCAUGUGAAAAUAGUUGAGGUCGGUCCACGGGAUGGUUUGCAGAAUGAAAAGAAUAUUGUUCCCACCCAGGUGAAAAUUGAUUUAAUCAACAUGCUGUCAGAGACGGGUCUCUCCGUUAUAGAAGCCACCAGUUUUGUUUCUCCAAAAUGGGUACCUCAGAUGGCUGACCACACAGAAGUUAUGCAAGGCAUCAGGAAGGUCUCUGGGGUCAGCUACCCCGUCCUCACGCCGAACCUCAAGGGAUUUGAAGCAGCGGUGACAGCCGGAGCCAAGGAGGUGUCAAUCUUCGGAGCAGCCUCCGAGCUCUUCACAAAAAAGAACAUCAACUGUUCCAUAGAGGAGAGUCUGCAAAGGUUUAGCGAUGUUCUGCGGGCAUCAAAAGAAGCCAGUAUUCCAGUCCGAGGCUACGUCUCCUGCGUUCUUGGCUGCCCUUAUGAAGGAAAGAUUUCUCCUGCUAAAGUGGCAGAGGUGUCAAAGAAAAUGUAUGCGAUGGGGUGCUAUGAGAUUUCCCUUGGCGACACCAUUGGUGUGGGGACCCCAGGCAACAUGAAGGAGAUGCUUUCGGCAGUCAUGAAAGAGGUCCCCGUUGAAGCUCUUGCUGUCCACUGCCACGACACUUACGGACAAGCUCUUGCCAAUACACUAGUCGCACUACAGAUGGGUGUGAAUGUAGUCGAUUCAUCGGUUGCUGGCCUUGGAGGCUGUCCUUAUGCUCAGGGAGCAUCAGGGAAUGUGGCAACAGAAGACAUGGUGUACAUGCUGCACGGCCUUGGGAUUCAUACA